AUGGCACCAAAACUUGAAGCAUGGCGACUCGAACUCAUUCGUGACAUGAUUCAAGACUCCAAACCGUAUACUAACGCGCAGAUUGCCGAAGCUGCCCAUUGUACCCCACGAUCAGUCAGCACUAUCCGCUCAAACCUACGAUGCUUUGGAAGUGUCAAGGCCCCUGCCAACGGUAUUGGCAGACGACGAACGAUCACCCCAUCUAUGCUCGAAGCUCUCUGUGAGUGUCUCCUUGAAAAGCCGGAUCUCUACCAGGAUGAGAUGGUGGUCUUCUUGUGGGAUGAAUUCCGCGUGCUUCGUUGGCAGGGCGCUCGCGUCGGUUGGGUGGUCUAA